CAGGCAGCCGAGGCCGGACGGCUGCCCGCGUCUCGCCGCUCCGGCCAUGGUUGCUGGGCCGCCCCCCGCCCCGCUGCCCCCCGCCGCGGGGCCGCCCCGCCGCUGAGCGCCGCCGCCCGCCCCGGGGAAGGAGCCGGCGCUGCCCGGGCGAGCUCCAUCACCCGCUCUCUCGGGCGGUGGGGGCCCCACACGGCCGCUUCACCCCACGGUGCCCGGGCCGGGACCCCCACUGCCCGCAGCGGGCAGCGGGGAGGGCGAGGAUGUCGGGCAGCACGGCGAGGAAGGUGCAGCCCUUCACCAUCAGCACCAGGCUCUCGCUGCCCAAGUGUGCCGCGGACUUCCCCGGGGACGCCUGCCCCGGCAUCGCCCUCGCCUCCGCGCUGGACAGCCACCGCGGCCUCCGCCGCAGCAUCAACGAGCGCAUCUCCCUCUACCUGGCCCACGCCCGGGCCGGCCCCGCCGCCCCCGCGGGGCAGCCCCGCAGCCCCAGCCCCCGUGAGGACGGGGGCCCCGACGAGGACCGGCUGAACCGCAGCUCCCUAGCCCGCUCCAUUAAGAAGAUCACGCUGUCCAACUGGUACGGGGACGCUGGCACGGGAGAGGCAGGGGGACCCGGGGACCCUGCCCGCGCCAGCGGCGAGAGGAACCACAACAACAACAACAGCAGGACAGGAAAAGCUCAGUUCAAGGUGUUCCUCAGGAAGGAUGUGGAUGCGGAGGACAAGCAGCAGGAGCCUGGGAGUGUUCAGGCCAGUGUUUUCUGCUCUCCAGUGGACAGAUGUUCUCCCUUGCAUGCGCUGGCGGCAUCCCCGGUGUCAUCACCCCAGAAAGAGAGCCCUAAGGGCAAGGAGUCUGCUGCAGCACCAAGAUGCAGUGGGCAAAGCGGCGUGGGAGCAGCCCCUCUCCUUGACCUGAGUCCUCUGAUAGCCCAGUUCAACCGGGAAAUGCUGCAGGCAGAGAGCUGGGUGCGAGGCAAGCUGCGGGACCUGAAGGACGGCUGUGACCUCCAGGACUGGGAGGAGGUGGCCCAGACCUUGCAGCGGGACAUGAAGGAUUUUGAGAACACACUGAUAAAGCUCAAUCAGAUGGGCGAGCAGCUGAUGUGGAGGGCGAGCCCCAGCGCAGAGGCUGUGCGGAGGCAGCUGCUGGCCCUGCAGGACCAGUGGCAGCUCCUGAAGCAGACGGCUGCCAGCCAGAGCAAAGCCCUGGGUGGGCUGCGGAGUCUGCAGGACUUUAACAGGAAAGCUGAGCGGCUGGAGGCAUGGAUCAAGCACAAGGAGGAGAAGCCCUCUCUGGCAGCCCUCCUGCAGGAAAGCCCGGAUAAGAUCCAGCUCACUCGCCGCAUCCUUGACUUGAAGCAGGAGGAGCAGCAGUUCCAGAGUCUGCACAAGGAGCUGAACAGCCUCGCCCAGAAGCUGGAGAAGCAAGGCAAAAAUGAGAGCAGAAACGUCUCAGCCCGGCGCAAGCACCUCAACAAAGCGUGGCUGCGACUGCAGGGGACCCUGAAGGAGCACCACGAGGCUCUGCAGCUGGCUCUGGAGGUGGCCUCCUUCCUCCAGCAAGCAGAUAUCCUGCUUGGGGUCAUCUAUGCAAAGCAGAGCAGCCUCUGCAGUACAGGGAAGCCAGGGGAGGGCGAGCCUUGCCAGGAUCGGGAUGUCAGGGACAUAGCCAGCCAGGUGAUGGUGAGUGCAAGACUCUGCCUCGUCCUCUGAGCCCUGGGGAGCAUCCUGACAGAUGGGAAUGUGAGCCUUCCCAGGCCAGCUCUGCCACCAUCAGCGCUGUGAGCUCUGCAGACACCUCCCACUGCGUGGGUGGCUGAGGCUGUGUGAUGGAUGGGGGAGUCUCCCUGGGGCAGAGAAGGACCGGGAUAGGCACUCACCGCCUCUUCUGCCCCCAGAGGGCUGGCUGUCAUCACACACCCUGCCCAUGGCCAUGGUGGUUCAUCACUCAUGAGCCCUGUCUCCAUCACUUCCCAGCUGCUCUCUC